UUCCAGCCUCCUAGAAGAAAGCCGUCCGGAUCUGCAUAGAGGGAGGGAGAAACUACCCCGCCGUCCCCAGAACCUACGCCCCGUGGGCCGGAGCAACGCACAGCUUCCCCCUCCUACCCUCACUCCUCCCAUCCCUUCAAAAAACGCCCAAUCCAAAUAAAUAAUAUCGUUCCAACCUCCCAUCGUCCUUGGUCCCCUCUCCUCCCCUCUGGCUCAGUGCGCUGCAGCCCUGGGUGAAGAGGCGUCGAGAAGCUGCCGCGCUAGCUGGGUGCAAACCGAACCCGCAAGCGCCGCACUAUGUUCCCCAGCGCUGUAGCCGCCCACGCCGGCGCGUACUGGGACGUGCUGGCUUCCUCCGCACUUCUUAACUUCCCCGCAGCGCCGGGCUUUGGCAAUCUGGGUAAGAGUUUCCUCAUCGAGAACUUGCUGCGGGUAGGCGGCGCCCCGCCGCACGGGCUGCAGCCGCCCCCGCCCCACGGUUCGGCAACCGCGGUAGCAGCCGCCUGCGCGCAGGUUCGGGCCCUGCCUGCUAGCCCCGUUCCCCUCAAGCUGUGCCCUGCGUCCGAACAAGUCAGCCCCGCUGGGGCGCCCUACGGCACGCGGUGGGCUUUUCAAGUGCUCAGCCCCACGGCGGAUAGUGCGAGGCUGCCUGGCCGGGCGCCGGGGGACCGAGACUGUACCUUCCAGCCUUCAGCUCCAGCGCCUUCCAAACCUUUUUUUCUGAGUGCCCCGCCAUUCUGCUCGGCUUGCUGCGGUGGGUCCUGUCGGCGCCCUGCAUCCCCCACUGCUUUUUCAAGAGAAGAAACCGUGCUGCCUCUCCUGACACAGGACUCUAAUUCCAAAGCUCGCAGGGGCAUUUUAAGAAGAGCUGUCUUUUCUGAAGACCAGAGAAAGGCUCUGGAGAAAAUGUUUCAGAAGCAGAAAUAUAUCAGCAAAACAGACCGAAAGAAACUUGCCAUCAGUUUGGGACUAAAGGAAUCACAGGUGAAAAUUUGGUUUCAGAACCGAAGGAUGAAAUGGCGAAAUUCCAAAGAAAAGGAAGUGCUUUCCAACAGGUGUAUCCAAGAAGUAAGCCUCCAAGAGGAUCCCUUGUCAAGAUCAGCUCUGGGUUUCCCUUCUCCAUGUUGUUCAAUAUGGGAAGUCUCCCAACAGCACUCAAGUCCAAGAUGGAGGGAGAAUUCGCCAGAACCUUCAGAGAGACUAAUCCAAGAGAGGCCAAGGGCACCACCUCCAGAAGCCAGUUCACUGCAAGAUGCCUUGUAUUUGUGUCCUGAAGAAGAAGCUGGAGACAAGGGUAUACUUACUGCAGCUGUGUGAGUGGCAGCAACCCUCCACGUGAUUUUAAAAGAACACUUAACUAAUAAUAUUGGACUCUAAAGCCAGCUAGCUAAAACCUCUAACACCUUUGGAAUGAUGCAGGAACUAAUGCUUUAGGAAAUCUGCUCCUCUUUUCAUGCAUUUGACUCUAGGCCCAGGCUUAAUUUGUAAGUGAGAUAGAUUCUCCUAGGAGGUGGGACGGAACUGGAAAGAGCGAGAAUAGUAGUUGGCUCAGUCCCUGCUCUGAGUAGUAUAAUGUGUAUAUAUGCAUGUGUCUCUGUGUGUAUAUAUAUAAAUAUUCAUUAAAAUACCUUAGUAGAAAUAGUUCCUCUUUAAAUAUUACAUUGAGACAAAUUAAUCUCCUUUUAUAUGAAGAAAAGUAAACCGUUGACUGAAUAUUAAUUUUUUGAAAACAAUGUAAUAUUUGGACUUUAGCCCAAACUUUUGUACCACACAAAAAUGUUUAGAAAAAUUCUCUAUUUUCUGAUUUCUUUUGGUAUCCAGCAGUUAACGAAUUUUAACUACUCAGCUCAGCAAUUCUAAUCAAAUGGCCAGUUAUAUAUACCUACACUGAAAGUACAUUAAAAAUUAAUCCCAUUAGCAAAUUAGAAGAAUUUCUGAUUAUAACUAAUAGUACCUUAAUUUCCCAGUCCCUUACACUUUAUCAUGUCAUCAGUGAGUGAGGUGCAUUCGUAACUAGUGACUAUCUUUUGAAUCUCUUCUCUGUAAGGAUGGGCCUGGACCAGAGUUUGCAAACUAAAAUGUCUUUAAGGGCCUGUCAGGUAAAUAGAGGUCAUGACCACCUAAGGAUCCUUGAGUUCAAUAUUGUUUAAAAAUAUUGUAUUGGCCAAGUAAAACAUCUGUGCUGAGCAGUUUGCGACCUGUGGCCUAGACUAAAGAAAGCACUGGUGUCACAUUUCAUAAAAUGCUCCCAACUAAACUUCAAAACACAAAAAUGAUGGAAUCUAUAUUGAUUUCUGUUUGUACUUCUAGUUAUAAAUUCAAUUUUCCAGUUAGGUGGCAUAUACUAUAUAUUAGGUUAUUUUUAUAUAUUAACACACACCACAGAUGUUUCAUGUUUCUUGACUACCCUAAAAUAUUAUAAAAUUGCAUUUCUGGUAAUGAUUUGCUCAGUUAAUACAGAAAUUUUUAUUCCAGUUCCAAGAAGAAAGUGUUUCACUUUGAAGGAAAUGAAGCAGAAAAAGGAAAUGAUGUGGUUUUGAAUUAGGUUAUUAUUAAUCUGUGGACAAGAAACAUUAGAAGUUCAUUAUGUGGUUUUUUGUUAGAAAGCUACAUGAUGAUUGUGGCUUCUAGUUUGCUUACCUUCUUAGCUAUAGAUUUUGAAGGUUUAAUGUUUAGAAAAGAAUAUUUCAGAAGAGAACACUUUUAAUCAACAUCAGGAAAUUAUUUUAUACAAAUGGAAUUUGAGUUGGUGUAUGUUAGCCUGUGUCUUUAUCACAAGAUCUUUUACUUAAAAGUCAUCUCAGAGGCUUAUGUCAGUGCCUCACUGUGGGGGAAGGAAGAAUGGGGAUCUGCUGACAACAAUUUAAAUUUUAAAACCUGUCUUAAAAUGACUUAAGACAUGGUUUCUCUUCUUUAUAUAAUAUUAAUACCUAUUUACAUUUAUCAGGUGCUUUCCAUGUGGUAGAGAUUGUGCUAAACUUUUAGGGAAGAUUAACUCAUUUAACUCAUGACAAUAACCCUGUUAGGUGAGCCUUUUUACUGUCAUGAUUCUUGUUUCACAGACAAGGAAACUGAGGCAGAGUAUGGUUUGGGUGAUUGACCAAGGUCAUGAGGUUAUUAAAUGGUAUUUGGCCCCUGGCAGUCAAGUUUCAAAUCUUGUAAUCUUUCAAGCUAUGCAGGGUGUGCAUACCAACGUGGAAUUGUAUUCACCCAACUACGGGAUAUGUUGUAUGAGAUACAUUUGGGGGAUUGCAGUGAGAUUUAUUAAAGAAUUUUAGAAGUGCAUUGUAUUUUCCAAGUCUCUUUUACUUUGUGAAUGGUUUUCUCUUCAGUAUUCUCUUCUCUAUUAGAUUUUGAAGUUCAGGUAAAGUAAAGGAUUGCAAAAACCUUCACACUAUUAAGCCUCUAUAAUAGAGUAGUUUUGUGGGAGUGUUUAAGUGUGAAAUGGAAAUGUAUUUUAUUUGUCAUUCACCGCUAAAAAAUUUAAAAUAUCUAUGCACAAUCUUUCUUGAAAGUAACUUGAAAUCAAGUGAGAGAAACCUAUGUCAUGGCCAUCUGAUU